GGCGCUUUAUGGGCUCCCGUUUUGGCAGAAUUCUUGGACUAAGCAUACAGUCUUUUAUGGUUUUUUGUUUACAGCUAAGUAAUUAUAUUUGGUGUAGAUUUCUGGUUCUUGAUGUUUGGGUCAGGUCUCCUUGAUGUGGAGCUCUUGUCUUCUUUUAUUGUACUCAUGAUCAAUAAAAUUUCUUUCUUUUAACCCAAAAAAAGAAGAAGAAAAAAAGGUAGAAAAAGCAAAAACAAUCUCAUCAGACCCACCUUCGUACCUGGUCCCAGACUCAGGAAAGGCCAGUAAGUGAGAGUGUUGGUGGUAGGCGCAGGUGGUUUGAGUUUUGAGCUGCUCAAGUCGCUCUUUGGUUUUCAGGAAUUUGAAGUCAUGUGAUCGUAUCCAGCCCAGAGAAGACCUUAAAGAAUGUGUGAGAGUGUUGGCUGUAGGGAAGCUUGUGAGCUGUUCAAGGACCUGGCUCUGUCUGGUUUUGGGGACCAGAAGUAGAUAUGGACAACAUAGAGGUUUCUCAUCACCUUCAGGAAACAAUCCUCAAUUAUGAAAUUGAAGUUUCUAGGUCUAUAAAAGGCAACAUUGUCAAGCCUACAUCUCUCACUUUAUAAAUUGAAAUUCUUACCUUGGUUAUAAGAGAGAAACAGUUGGUCUGUGUCACAGUUUAGAAAUUUAGUCUUUCUGUUGCAUAGAGAAGGAAAGAUGGCCUGUAGACCUUCUGCUUACUUUUGCUGUUGAGAGAAUACUUGCUAAAGUAACCUUGGAUUGGAACAAUUCAUUCUUGCCUGAGGCUUAACAAAAAAACUGAAGAAACUGGGUGAAUCCUUAUCCUGGAUUGGAAAGUGUUUCAUGAUGCUGCAAAGAAACCUGAAGAUGGAAGUGAGGCAUUGGAAGACUGGGUGAAUAAACUUUCGAUUGCCCAUGAUGCUGAUGAUGUCUCAGAUGGAUUCCAAUAUGAGGUUUUCAGAGAUUAGUAGUUCAAAGCAGAUGGUACUGCACUUUAAUAAAAAUAAGGGUGUGUUAAUGUAUGGCUUUUGACUUCAAUUUAAUGUUAAGACGGAUCUUAGGAUUACUUAACCGAGCAAAGGCAGAGUUGGAAGUUCAGCAGGGAUUGCUUCAGCACCUUCAAUUAGAGUUGACAGGUUUUCCCAUACUUGAGGAUGUUUGGAAUGAUGAUACUAAAAAUUGGAACAAUUUGAAGAGUUGUUUGUUAAUACUCAGAUCUGUUCGGGUAAACAUGGUAAUUGUCAGUACCUGCAUUUCCAAUGUCACAUUGAUCACUGAAACAUUUCGAAGCCAUAUGUGUGAUUUGAAACUUAUUCAACUGAGAAUGUUGGUCCAUCUUGAUGGAUAGAACAUUCCCAAGUGGUAGUAGUUCUCUGAUAGAUUCAGAUCAAUUGGAAAUUGGAAGGUUGAUUGCUAAAACGUGUGUGGGCGUACCAUCAGUGGCAAAGGAUAGAGGAACAACAGACUACUUGAUCGCUCUCGGCCUGUGUGAUUAGUAUUCACCUUUGAGACUCUGAGGGAGACUCUUACCCUGGGAAAGAUGUUUGUACUCUCUCUCCUUGAAUCCGUUGCCGGAGAAGUAGUGAGUAAGGUGGCUUCACUUGCUACUGAUCAAUUGAGACUCGGCAUCGUCUGGGGGUUCCACAAAGAGAUAAACAAGCUCAAAGAAUCCUCAACUCUGAUUGGAAAUAUAAUCCAUGAUGCUGGGCAUGAACCUGAAGAUCGGGAACUCCGAGCAAGGGCCGACUGGAUGAAGAGGCUUAUAAGCGUAGCUUAUUAUGCAGACGAUAUUCUGGAUGAAUUACAAUAUGAAGUUCAGCGUAUCGUUAUAAAGGAGACAAGCCUGGAUAAGAAGAUACUCGGCUUCUUCUGCAACAAUCCUGUUGUAUUUCGUCUUCAGAUGGCACGCAAGAUUUACAGCAUCAACACAUCCUUAGAGGAUCUUAACAAGCAAGCACCCGGUGUGGGACUCGUCAGAUCAAAUGGAGGUGCAGCAACCAGUCACGGUAUGCAGGACAGGGAAACAACCUCAUUCUUUGAGAAAAAUGAAUUCACCUUCAAAGAUGCAAUUAUUGUUGGAAGGGAUGAGGUGGUGUCAAAUAUAAUUGCAACCUUGACCAACUCCAACAAUCAAGAAAAGAUUCUUUCGGUGAUGGCCAUUGUAGGAUUGGGAGGCCUAGGUAAAACAACUUUCGCUCGCUCAGUUACCAAGCAACUGAAAGAAGGUGAAAUGAAAAGUUACUUUGAUGCAACAUUAUGGGUGUAUGUAUCUAAUACCUUUGAUGUCAAUUCAAUUUUAUGUCGAAUGCUGGAAUCAUAUGACGACGUGAGGGGAGCAAAUCUUUCAAGUCGGGAAGCAUUGAUUGGAAGCCUCCAGCAGAAGUUGAAAGAGAAAAGGUAUUUUCUUGUACUUGAUGACAUUUGGAGUGUGGAUGCUAAUAAUUGGAAUGAUUUGAAGAGUUGUCUGUUGCAACUAAAUUCUGCCAAAGGAAGCAGUGUGAUUGUCACCACCCGUAGUGCCAAGGUUGCAUCAAUCAUGGAAACACUUCCUAGGUGCAAUCUAGGGACUCUAUCGGAUGAUGAAUGUUGGUCCAUAUUGAAGGAUAGAGCAUUUGCAGAUCCUAAUACUCCGAUACCUUCAGAACUAGAGGAAAUUGGAAGGUUAAUUGCCAAAAAGUGUGUUGGUCUUCCAUUGGUGGCAAAGGUUUUGGGAAGCUUGAUGCGUUCUAAGAGUAGUAGUAAGGAAUGGUUGUCAAUUCUGGAAAGUAAAAUAUGGCAGGUAUCAUCAGACAAAGAGGAUAGCAGGAUCAUGUCGGUUCUGAGGUUGAGUUUUGACAAUUUGGAAUCACCAUUGAAACAAUGUUUUGCAUAUUGCUCUAUGCUCGAGAGAGGUUCCUCAAUUGAAAGAGAUAACUUGAUCCAACUAUGGAUGGCUCAAGGUUUGCUCCAAAGCAAGCAAGGUAUUGAAAUGGAGGAUAUAGGCAAUAAGUAUUUUGAUACUCUACUGGAGAACUCCUUGUUUCAAGAUGCUACAAAGGAUGAGGAUGGCGUUAUCACUCAAUGCAAGAUGCAUGAUCUUUUGCAUGAUCGUGCAAUAGAAGUAUCCGUGUGUGAGAGUUGGACACCAGACUUCGAUAAUGAGAUGGAUGAUGAUGAGAUUCGACAUGUCGCACGGAUUCUUACUCAAAAACUAGAAAAUAUGCCAAAAACAAGUAUUUCAAGACUGCGCUCACUCUUUUCGAAUGUCCAGGUUUCUAAUACCAAGUUCCUAAAGUUUAGAGCUUUACGUGUCUUAAGUUUCUUUGGGUAUGAGAUUCAGGAGUUGCCAUAUUCACUUGGCAAGCUGAAGCACUUGAGGUAUCUGGAUCUUUCACAUACAAAAAUUGAAGCACUCCCAAAGUCUAUUGGCAAGCUUUAUAAUCUCCAAACAUUGAGAUUACCGUGGUAUCUUGAAAAGUGUCCAAAGGAGAUUCAAAAUCUGAUCAACUUGAGGCAUCUUUAUUUUGAUAAGAGAAUGGGAUUUGAAUCUGGGAUUCUGAGGCGAUUAACUAAACUCCGAACAUUAACUUGUUUUAACGUGGGUAAGGAGACAUGUCCUGCAAUUAAGGAGUUGGGUGGGUUGAACCAACUGAGAGGCCACUUAAUUAUUUCUAAGCUAGAACAUGUAAGGGAUGGAGAAGAAGCAAAGAAGGCUUUCUUAGUGGAGAAAAGUCACUUAAGUGAGUUAACUUUUCAAUGGUACCGAAGGCCAACUUAUAACAAUGAGAUGGAUGUACUAGAUGGCUUGGAACCUCAUGGUAACUUGCAAAACUUGAAGAUUGAAAAUUUCAUGGGUGCUAGAUUUCCUUCAUGGAUAACGAGUCUCCAAAAUUUGAAGAAGAUUCGGUUACAUAAUUGUGAAGGAGUCCCAACACUCGGCCGUCUACCUAAUCUAAGAUCUCUUGAGAUUUAUGGGAUGAGAAGGCUGAAAGUUGUGGGAGCUGAGUUCUAUGGUACUAGCACGACUUUAUUUCCUGCAUUGAAAACAUUAUACAUAUCUCGGUGCGAAGAGCUUAUUGAAUGGAUGGAAGCACCGAGGAUAUCAGCAGCAGCAGAAGGAGAAGUCGUGGUAUUUCCUUGCCUCGAAGAGUUGACGAUAGAUGGUUGUGACAGCCUAGAGUCGGUUCGGAUCUCACAGGGCAUCGCAUCUCUCCGUCAAUUGAAGAUCUGGAGUUGUCAUGGAUUAUCAAGCCUAGAGGUUGGGCUCGAUUACUGCACCUCUCUUCAAGAAUUGAACAUCUCCAAAUGCCGUAAUCUGAUGACAAUUCCAACCUCACAGGGCAUGCCGUCUCUCCGGAAAUUGACGAUUGAAAGGUGUGAGGAAUUAUCAAGCCUAGGAAGUGGGAUCAGCUUCUGCACCUCUCUUCAGGAAUUGGAGAUUGGGCAUUGUGAUAAUCUAACAUCAAUUCCAAUCACACAGGGCAUCACAUCUCUCCGGAGCUUGAAGAUUUCUUAUUGUAAGAGAUUAUUAAGCCUACCGAGUGGGCUCCAAUUCUGCACCUCUCUUCAGGAUCUGCAAAUAACUAAUUGCUUUAGUCUAGUAUCCAUGUCAGUAUCAUAUGUGUGCGACCACCCGGACUCAACGAAUCAACCGGAGGAAAUUUCUCAAGGUCUUGAUGCGUAUUUGUCUUUACAGGAGGAUUGCCCUAGUCUAGAAUCUAUUCCACCUAAUCUUCGUCAGUUGUUGAUAUGUCAUUGUGGGAAAUUAAAAUAUGUACCCACAGGAGGAUUUCACCGCCUCAUUCGUUUGAAGGAGCUGACAAUUGGUCCGUUCUGGCAUAAGCUGGACGCCUUCCCUGAUUUUCAGCUUCCACCUAAUUCACAACUUGAAGAGUUAUGGUUGUUUGGGUGGCCUAAGCUCAAGUCUCUGCCCCAACAAAUUCAGCACUUUACUUGUUUAAAAGAACUCCAGAUAUCAUUUUUUAUGGGACUAAAGGCUCUUCCUGAGUGGUUGGGAAAUCUUACAUCUCUUGAGCUCCUCAAGAUCUCGUUCUGUAAGAAUCUCCAUCAUCUACCUACAAAAGAUGCUAUGGAAAACCUCAAGAAAUUGAAGGAGCUCUCCGUUGUAGAAUGUCCCCUGCUCAAAGAAAUAUGCACCAAGGAGACUGGCCCAAAUUUUCUCACAUUCCAAAAGUUUCCAUCCGGAAUUGAAGAUACAGAAUGCCCGCCAUACUAAACUAGAAUGUUUGUUCACGUUACAAGGUUAAUCAAUUCCCAAUUGCCCGAAAUUUAUCCCUAAAGCAGGUAGCAGGCUCUAUCAUACUUGACGGGAACAUCAAAUGAUGCUGAAUAGGUGAUGAUCGAGUCCCAGUAGUUCAAUCACCUCUCCCAUGUAAGGCUUGUCUGCUGUGUUUCAUUGAAGAUAAGAUUGUACGAAAUGGCUCUUGAGACCUUCUUGUUCACCUCUGAGUCCGUCAAUGAGGGUCACCCAGACAAGCUCUGCGACCAGAUCUCCGACGCCAUGCUCGACGCCUGCCUAGCUCAGGACGCCGACAGCAAGGUGGCUUGCGAGACCUGCACCAAGACCUCUUCAUCAGCCGUUUAAGAGGAAUAUGCACAUUUCACGAACCUGAUCGUACGCCUCACCUGUGAUCGGAAUCGAGAAAGGAGCUUGCUUAGUGUGAUUGAUGCAAACCAAAAUUGAAAAGCAGAGAAGAUUGAUUGAUUGAUUACCUACGAAGGUGUUAAUCAGCAGCUGCUAUGAGAAUGAGAAGUAUCCACCUAAAGUGGCAGCUAUGCAGACAAAAAGAUGCACUGAGGACAGCCGACGUCAGUGGCUGACUUCUUAUUUUCCAGAGGCAGAGUGUAAUUUGUGUUUGUUCUUGUUCCCUCUAUCGCUUUCAUCUAGUUAUUUAAAUUAUCAGUUAUCCUCGUGUUUUAUGUCCUAUUAUUCUUUUCCUUUAUAAGUACUAGUUUUUGUGAUGGUGAAGUUCAUCCUCUAGUAUAAACAAAAAAGACAUUGAUAAGGAUGAACAUUAUUGUUCUUAUUUUGGGUUGAGGGAGAGAUGUUCAAUGGCAUUUAUUGCAAGUAAAGUAUUUGCCAGAACAGUUCAGACCCUCAUUCAUUUGCAGUUGUCACACAAUACUGAUCCCUCCAACAAUGAUGUGAAGAAUUACUUACCACUGAAUUUAGCAGGAACCUCACCAUAUUGCUGCAUAUGGAAAUUAUUGGUUUUGACCAUCUAUGUGAAGUUAUGCUGAGUGAGAGGUCCCAAUUGUUAGAUAUCCAAUAAUCUGUAUGGAUGCCAAAGUUAACAUUGAUAUCCUAGAUGCUCAUUUGUUUAAAAUCAUCUGUAAACUAUCAGAUCCCUUUCACCUCCACAACUGUAAACUAUCCACAUAUUCUUUCCUUCACAGCUAUUCAGUGUAGCAAGUGUGUAAUUGCUUUGUUGUGGAAAAGUUGUUUGAAGCAUUUAAUAAAAGAAGUAAACAUGUUAUCCUUCUCUCUUUCUUUUCCUCAGCAUUGACAGAUCAUCUUUUUGAUAUCAGGUCUGCAUUGAAGCUAUGAGAGACCUCUUUAAACAUGCACAGUGGGAUAUUCAUUGGGUUCAAGUUCGGAGGGAAACAUGUGCCUUGAGUCUUUGAAAUUUCAGUUGUGCAUGAUUGCUUCCACUGAUGUUCUAAGUUAAACCAGUUCCUAAAAUCAUAGUGGUUGCUGUUUGUUUGGAUCUGGCAAAGGCUGGUAACUUUGCCCUAUAUUGAGAACAAACUCCAUCUGCAUCUUGGAUAAGCCAUUUAGUCAAGCAUGCAUGGUUUCUAGGAAACAAGCCUUCUAUUAUCCGCGAGCUGUAUGAAGAACCUCAUGUACGUCAGAUUUUGCAUUUUUGUGCUCUCUUGGUGUUUCCAUGAAAACUUAAUGAAUGGAGCAACAAACAUGUCCUGGAGGACCUGGACAAUUUGGUACUUUGGGCUUGUUUAUGAGUUACUCAUAUUGGUUGUGGAGCUGAUUGUGAGCUUCUCGGCACUUCUUAUACCUUCAAGUAUCAAGCCAUAUUUCUGAGUUUUGGCUAGGUAAAAAUGGCAUCAGUUGUGGUAGUCAAAAAUUUUCUUAUGUUCUUUGAGUGUUGGUCUCUUGGUGAUAAUUUUCAUGGAGAGAACUGAGAGAUCAAGUGUUUGUGAGAUUUGGGUGUAAUUGGGGUUCACUGUUGAGAAGGGUUGUGAAAAAGUACGAGAUUACUUAACAAAGAACAUUUUAAUUUGACAUUAGUGGAUUAUUGCAGUGGACAAA